GAAGGACCUAGAGGACAGGAGCAGAUUAUAAUCUGAGGAGGCCCAGAUGUGGAGAGCUGUAGUAACUGGAGCCCCUCCACUUCAGAUAACAUGAUGUCUUACUAUAAUGAUGAGCCCCGAUACACUAUUGAACAAAUUGAUCUUCUUCAGCGCCUCCGUCGAUCAGGAAUGACUAAACACGAAAUAAUUCAUGCACUUGAGACAAUGGAACGGCUUGACCAGGAACAAAAUGAAAAAUUUGUUAGGCGGCCCAACUACAGCAGUAACUAUGGCAACAACGUUGCGGCAUCCUCUUCCACGGCUUCUGCUGCUACACAGACUCAAAGUAUAGCGCAAUCACCGUCACCUAGUAACAGCUACGACACAUCGCCUCCACCCUACAAUGCAAGCCACGCAGGGCGAGAAAGCACUGCAAAUGAGAGACUUGUUGCCAGUGGAACACUCUCUCCACGGUACCAGAACAGUGGGAGUCAGAGAUCAUAUAGUUUUGACACAGGAGAUGAUGAUGCAGAUUUGGAGGAGAAAGUGGAAGAGUACAUGAGACGGGACAGCAAUGCAGUAAAAGAGGAAAUCAAAGUAUUUUUAGCCAAUCGGAGGAUUUCUCAAGCUGUAGUGGGGCAAGUCACAGGUAUAAGCCAAAGCUACAUCUCCCAGUGGUUGUUGCAGCAGGGUCUUGACAUGAGUGAGCCUAAGAAGAGGGCAUUUUAUAGAUGGUACCUUCUUGAAAAAAAUAGUCCAGGUGCUACUUUAAGUAUGAGACCAGUUUCAACCACAACAACAGAGGAUCCUGAGUGGCGGUCAAAUGUCAGCCCGGUGACAGGAAACUUUCGUCUCAGAAGAGGAAGUAGAUUUACCUGGCGAAAAGAGUGCCUGUCUGUCAUGGAAAGUGACACGGUUCUUUUCAAGUUCGUAUAA